AUGUGUGGCACUUACGUGGCGUUGUGUCAUUCCCGUGUCCACUGUGCGGAUUGCGUCUGUGAGCUCCUCGAGUCGCUACGCGCCCACCCUGAAGACGUGUUCUGCUUCGUGGAGACGCCGCUACUCGCGGCCACUUUGCCAUUCACGUAUAAUGUGGAGCCCGACACCCGGUACAGGCCGAAGUGCGAACUUCGCGUUUGCCUGCUGUUUAACGCAACUGGGUCAUCGUCGCAGCCGCCUAUUGUCGUGACGCGUCGUGCUCGUCACCGCCCCUACCGCCCGCUCUUCCCGGAUGGGAAGCCCGUGCAUUUUCGUCAAACGAGAUCUGGGGAACUCACCGCCGAGUGCUUUACCGAGUACAUGGACACCUUCAACAUGGACCGUUUCGGCCACAACAAUACCGCCAUUGUCCUCGUGGCGAGCGCCGCUCACGUGUCGUUGGACCCGGCCUGUGACGAGAGCACUAUGUUCAAGUUUCGUGUGCAGCAGCUCCCAUCCACCAAGAUUGUUCAUCUCGCGGGUGUCGUGUCCCCAUACAACCUUCUGUGGUUCAACGGGGUGGUCGAGAUGUUUAAGACGAUUUUCCGGUCCCGCUACCUCGCCUUCAUCAUAAAGGACUCGGCAUGGCUGUCUCAUGGCGCCAUGCCCAUAAUAGCCUACGAGAACGUACUGCUAUGGGUAGGGUCUGCCUCCGACUGCACUCCAUCCAGGGCUGUCCAUCUCUCCUGGGCCAAGUCUGGGAUGCUGCCUAUGGCGUGGAGGCCGCUCCUGCAUCUGACGGAAAAUCAUGCAACUUGUGUGACUGUGGAGCCACUCAUAACCCAGCUCGUCCGUCUGCAACAGAUGAUAAACAAGUUCACCAAGGGCGACUCCGGCAUCAUGCAAGCCCCCGACUACGCGGCGUGCGACACUCGCAUUCUCGCUAUCAUCGGCCGCGGCACGGCCGUCGCAGACAACUCAGCGGAGGACCUCACCGUUCUGCUGAGUAUGCCACCUGGGCCUAGCCUGCACGAUCCUCGUAGCCGCCGUAGAGUAGUGAGAGCCGUUAUGCAGACGUCCGUACGUACCGCGGCUGAAAUGGGCAUCCCUCCUCGUGACUUGCCUGAGCGCACUGGACUGUCCAACGACGACGUCAUCAACCGUCUCCGUCGCACGCCUCCUAAGCGGCCUCGUCUGGGCAAUAAGCGCCUGGCCGUGGUUGGUGCUCACUUUUCUGCACACGUAGACGCUAACUGCACUAUGUCGAAGCGUACAAGGCAUGAAAAAUCCGAGCCGGACGGGGGUUCCCCACCACUGUCAUCCCUCGCCGACGACUUGAUUGAGCGGAUGCGCACAAAGAGGCCGGGUACGGACUCGCCACCGCCCGCUGACAGCGACACUAAGCGUGGAAUAUUAAUGCUAGAGAGCUCCGAGGGCGCACGCGGCAGAGCUGUGCAAGUCGUCCCAUCUACUGUGACCGACGAGCCGGACGACUUGAUCCGAAGGUUGAAGGUACCGGAAAACCAGAAGGCUUUCCAGCCAGUGAUGCUAUACGGCCCUUAUGGCGUGGGGUGCCAGGUGAACGCCCAGGAUGCGAUAACCACGGCCGACGGCCAGUAUCUUGCCGACAGCAUCGUUGAUUUUCACAACAUACUUCUGAACAUCCGACACCCGGUUCUGCCUGACGGCAAGACAUGGUUUCCGCUGGACACCAAAGCCUACGUGAGGCAUUUCUCUCUGGUUAUUGCGGUGAAUCUGGGGGCUUUGACACGCAAAAUGUCAUCGGAGGGGGAGGAAGCGCCUCUAAGCCUGAUCCACUAUGACAGCCAUGGCAUGCACACAAGGACGCCAGAGGUGAUCGAGGGUGUCAAGAAGACUCUGUUUCUCCUUCACAAGGCUCGUCGACCAACCGCCGACCAUCAGUACGCCGAAAGGGCGCUGAGGGGCGCCAAACGCAUAGUCAUUCAGAGGGAGGUGAUCCCGCAGCAGGCUAACGACACCGACUGCGAUGUGUUCGUUUGCAUGUACCUCCAUGGGCUAGUCAACACUGGAUUCCAGACGGUGUUCACUUGGGUGAACUACAACGGCGUCACCUCGCGCACCUACUGGCGAGGCAUACGCCGGGAUGUCUGCAGUCUUGCUGUGGGGGAGCUUUUUGUGCAGCUAUACCUGGAGCAAGUCGAGGUGCCGCUGCAACCGACUGCGCGCGUAGGAGACGAGGGCUGCAUGCUGUUUCCUACCGAAGACGAGGUCAGAACAGACCUGUCGAAGCUUUUCCGGGAUCGGAAUAGCACGGAGGUGGAUGCUGUUCUCCUCGCGGCUGCAGUGAUGAGUAUCGCAUCAGCCUCGACGCAGGGGGGAACCGACGUGAACACACAGGGACACGUCUCCAACACGGUCAAGCCGAACACCCCAGACGCCACGCCAGUUAAGGGUCGUCGUGCAGGUCUUCGAAUGCAGAAGACCACUGCCACAAGGGGGAAGGCCAGUGGCGCAGGGGGUGUGGGGAAACGGGGUGGUUCUAGCGAGUACACGGGGGUGUGGUUUGAUCUCCGCGUGCGAAAGUGGUGUGUGAAAAUAGUUGCAGAGCCUUCGACUGGGAAGCAGGUUCGCCUUGGCGCGUACAUGGAUGAGAAGGACGCGGCUUACGCGUACGCGGCUGGAGCGUUUGUGAUCAGGAGGAAGGACCACUUCCCCAAGGUGAUGGCGUUGACAGACGCGGAGAUGGCUGCACUGGAGGGAGCAAUAGUGGAUGACGUGAGGCAUCUUGUACAGAAGCGCCAGUGGUACAGGUGGAGGGAGUGGCGUGAAGCCAUGAACGACAUUGGUGUUCUGCCAGGCACGCCCUUCAAGCCGGAGCCAGGUGCGGAGUCACCUCCACUGAAAGUAGAUGCCGCUGAUAGCGAGACACGGACGGCUGAAGCAGAUGAGGAUCUUGUGAGCAAGGAGGACAGUAGGGAACAAGAUAGUGAUGGGGGUAUUGAGUGCACGCAGGCCCAGUGA